AAUUGUUACAAGAAGCUAAAAAGAAAGGAUUUUCUGAUGCUCAGAUUGCCUCAUUUUUGGAAAACAAUGUUACUGAAGAUCAAGUCAGGAAAGCUAGAAAAGAUGUUGGUAUUACACCAUUUGUUAAAAGAAUUGAUACUCUUGCUGCAGAAUUUCCAGCCCACACAAAUUAUUUGUACACCACAUAUAAUGCUUCAACUCAUGACAUAGAUUUUAAUGAUCAUGGUUCUAUGGUGUUGGGAUCUGGUGUGUAUCGUAUUGGAUCAUCAGUUGAAUUUGAUUGGUGUGGUGUAUCAGCAAUUCGUGCAAUUCGUGAUAUGGGCAAGAAGACUGUCAUGGUAAAUUACAACCCAGAGACUGUUUCAACUGAUUUUGAUGAAUGUGACAGACUUUACUUUGAGGAGCUUUCAUAUGAGAGAGUUAUGGAUAUUUAUGAACAAGAAAAAGCAGAAAAUAUAGUUGUAUCUGUUGGUGGUCAAUUACCACAAAAUAUUGCUUUAAGAUUACACCAAAACAAUGUUAAUAUAAUGGGUACUAGUCCUGUUAUGAUUGAUAAAGCUGAAGAUAGAUACAAGUUCUCCAAGAUUUUAGAUCAAAUUGGUGUUGAUCAACCUGAAUGGAAGGAGUUGACUAGUGCUGAAGAAGCUGAAAAAUUUGCUGAUAAAGUUGGUCAUGAAGCAUUACACAAAAACCUUUCUGAGGCUACAUCUGUUUCACCAUUACAUCCAGUAGUUAUUACCAAAUUUAUUUUGGGUGCCUCUGAAAUUGAUAUUGAUGCUGUAGCCUACAAAGGUAAACUGUUGGUUCAUGCAGUAUCUGAACAUGUAGAAAAUGCAGGUGUACAUUCUGGUGAUGCAACCUUAGUUUUACCACCUCGUGACAUUAGUGAAGAAACAAUGGAAAAUUUAAAAGUGAUUGCACAAAAAGUUGCAAAAGCAUUUGAAAUCACAGGACCAUUUAAUAUGCAGGUCAUCAAGAAAGAUGAACCUGAUGGUGGAGUAGAAUUGAAGGUUAUUGAAUGUAAUCUUAGGGCAUCUAGAUCAUUCCCAUUCGUUUCUAAAGUUCUUGGUGUUAACUUUAUUGAUGUUGCAACUCGUGCUUUGUGUGAUGAAAAUGUACCUGAACCAAUUGAUCUUAUGAAAGAAAAGAGAGAUUACCAAGCAGUCAAAGUACCACAAUUCUCAUGGACUCGUUUACAAGGAGCUGAUCCAUUCCUUGGUGUGGAAAUGGCAUCAACAGGAGAAGUGGCAUGUUUUGGUAAAGAUAAAUAUGAAGCUUACUGGGCAGCCAUCCAAUCUACACAAAACUUUAGAGUACCAGAACCCGGAUCUGGCAUUUUAAUUGGUAGAGAUGAACUUACAAAUGAUGAAGAUUUCUUUAAUGUUGCAUAUACAUUAUCAAAGGAUUUAAAUCAUCCACUGUACACAAGUUCAAAACAAGUAACAGACUGGUUAAAUAAACGUGACAUACAUGCUACAACAUUAUCUUUACCAGUUGAUGAUAAAAAAGAAUUACAAAAGGCUUUCACAGAUAAUAAAAUAGAUUUUGUAUUUAAUUUGGCACAACUUCGAGCCUCAACCAUUGGUGAUGAAAAUUACAUUGAAAGAAGGUCAGCUGUAGAUUUUGGUAUACCAUUGGUCAAUGAUGGCAAAUGUGCCAAAUUAUUUGUAGAAGCUCUCAAGAGAAAAAGAAUUGAAUUUAGUGGACUAGUUGAUGGUAAAAUACCAAAUGAAGUUAAAAGUUGGUCAGAUUUUAUUGGAGGAAGACAUUGUUAA